CGACCUAGGUCUACCUGCAGAUCAAAACCAGGCAAGGACACCUCGCGUAUCAAUGGGGCACCUGGCUAUCCCGCGCGAUCGGCUUAGUAAUUUCCGAGAGCUCGGGCAUGGUGAAUUUGGUAAGGUGAUGCUAGCCGAGGCCAGGGGAAUUACACAAGGGUCAGAGGUUACGGUUGCCGUCAAAACCCUACCAGAUGAACCACCAAUAAAUGGUAAGAAGGAUCUGAUGAGGGAACUCGAUCUGAUGACGACGCUGCCGUACAAUCCUUACGUAGUCAGGCUCCUCGGAUUUUCUGUAGAGGAAGAUCCACCGUAUAUCAUCCUAGAGUAUCUUUCACGCGGGGACCUGAAGACUCUUCUGAUAGAGAGUCGCAGUAAGGGUGCACAUGCCUACGACAAUUUGCACGGAGACAGUACUUCCUUGACCGCCAAACAGCUGAUGCACUUCGCUAGAGACGUGGCUGAUGGAAUGAAGUUCGUCUCAUCCCAAUUGUGCAUUCACAGGGACCUUGCUGCCCGUAACGUGCUUGUGGCUGAGGACAUGACGUGUAAGGUGUCUGAUUUCGGACUCGCUCGUGACGUCAAGAACAUGAGAGUUUACGAGCACCAAUCAGGGGAUAAUUUGCCUCUUCGAUGGAUGGCAGUUGAGUCUUUAAUCGACCACACGUACACGACAGAGAGUGACGUAUGGUCUUAUGGUGUACUCUUGUGGGAAAUCGUCAAUUUGGGUGCUGAUCCGUACCCAGCAAUAAACCGUGAGGAGGUGAAGCAGGAGGUCCAGUCUGGCUACCGCAUGCCUAAACCAAAACACUGUCAGCAGGAGCUAUACGACAUGAUGUUGAAAUGUUGGCAAGAGAAACCUGAGGAUCGACCCUCAUUUGCAUUUAUCGGCAACGAGUUGAACAGACUUAUGAAUGUAGGAAAGGAUUACAUCUCCACGACAAAUUACGAUAGAACUGUCUACGAGAUUUCUGACCUGAUAUGCGAACACGAAAGGGUGUAG